AGACCCGAACAGUUGCGAGGCUCUGGUAAUCCAAUUAGGUAGGCUGAGGAGCCAUGAUGGUGAGAUGAAGGUUACCAUAGUAACGAAGCGCGGCCUAUAACAAACUGGUUGUAUUAGAAACUAUCUGAGGGGUAUUUUAAUAGGUAUCUGACAUUUUAGAGGAGAGAGCUAAAGGCUAAAGCAGCAGUAACGACCUUGGCAUGGGAUUCGGAAAGUGGGAGUGAGAGAGGAAAGCGGAGAGAUUUAUUAUAAGCGGAAUCAGUGGAGAUCCCGUUGGUUAUCAUGUCGUCAUCAUCUGACAGCAGCAGCCGAGAGGGUGAAUCACACUCAAAGUGGUUGGAUGCUCACUAUGACCCUGUUGCUGGACUUGGUACAUUUUCCUCUUGCAUUGCUCUUGCAGACUUGCACGGAGAUGGAGAUUUUAAAAUGGUUGUGGGUGACAUGGGACAUGGCCCUUAUAAUAUGAAGUUAAAGGUGUUUAAAGGGACCGGACAGAUGUCUGAAAAUGCUCUUCUUGACUUGCCCACUGGUGUGGUUGCUUUCCUGAUGGAUCAAAACGAACCACGCACCCCAGCCAUUGCUGUAGCCUCAGGACCAUUCAUUUAUGUGUACAAGAAUCUGAGGCCAUACUUUAAAUUCACUCUUCCAGCAAUGGAGGUCAAUCCUCUUGAGAAGGAAGUGUGGGAUCAGGCGAAAGAGGACAAAAUAGACCCAGUGACACUGAAAGAGAUGUUGGAGAGCAUCAGAGAUAAGGCAGAGAUUCCUUUAUCUGUACGGUCACUGCGAUUUAUGAUGUUGGAACUGCAGGAGAUGGAGUCCUUUGUGAACACUUAUAAACUGCAACCUCUAAAGCGGCAGACUGUGAUCACCUGUAUGGGCACACUGAAGAAAAAUAUGGCAGAUGAGGAUGCUGUGUGCUGCCUAGUGAUUGGUACAGAAAGUGGAGAGUUGUUCAUUCUGGAUCCAGAGGCAUUUACUAUUUUGACACGGGUCAGCCUUUCCAGUGUGCCAACACUUCUUGAUGUAACCGGACAAUAUGAUAUUGAGUAUCGCAUUACUGUUGCCUGUAGGAAUGGCAAUGUGUAUAUCCUUCGAAGAGACUCCAAGAGGCCAAAGUACUGUAUUGAGCUCAGUGCACAAGUGGUAGGUUUGGUGCGUGUGCAGAAAAACAUCAUGAUUGGAACAUCCCAGGAGACAUUACAUGGGUACUCCCAAAAGGGUAAGCGCCUGUGGACAGUAACGCUGCCUGCAUCUAUUAUGACAAUGGCUUUGCUGGAGCAGAAAUCACGUGGUAUUCAGGCUGUGCUGGUUGGACUGAAAAACCUGGAAGUUCAUUUAUACAGAGACAAGAACCUUCUAAGCGUUAUAAAUACCCCAGACAUUGUGACUGGUCUUUGUUUUGGCCGCUAUGGAAGGGAGGAUGAUACUCUAAUUAUGACCACACAAGGAGGAGGUCUUCUCAUUAAGAUCCUAAAGAGGACUGCACAGUUUGAGGACAAAGAUACCUCGCCUGGCCCUCCCACAGGUCAAAGCAUUAAACUCAAUGUCCCCAAGAAAACUAAACUCUAUGUUGACCAGACACUGAGAGAGAGGGAAAAUGCUGUGGCAAUGCACCGCGUAUUUCAGAUGGACUUGUAUCGCCUGAGGCUUAGUGCUGCCAGGGCAUAUGUAAAAGCAUUAGAUGCCAGCUUGGCUCCUGUUUCUUCAACAAUGCAGGAGCCAUUAACUCUGAAUGCAGCUGUGCAGGGCAUUGGUCCUCAGUUCAAACUGAUUCUGAACUUACAGAACACCUCAGUGAAUCGUCCUUCAAUGCAGCUACUUAUAAGCUUCUUGUUUGAUGAAAAGCUUUACAAACUGAAGCCAGCAUUUUUCAAGGUUCCUCUGCUGGUCCCAGGAUUGAAUUAUCCAAUUGACACAUCUGUUGAAUGUUGCAGCAAUAAAGGAAUUUCUGACAUCAUCAAGGUUUUUGUGCUGAGGGAAGGAAAGAGUACACCACUCCUGACUGCUCAUAUCAACAUGCCAGUUAGUGAGGGGCUGGUUGCUGCUUGACCAGUUUGGAAGUCUCACAAAGAAAUGAAUUAAUUCCAAAAUAUGAUAGAUAUGUAGAAUAGGCAGAAAACGACAUACAUUCUGUAUGGUUACCAAAGCAAUCCUAGGUAGGAACAGAACAUCUGUUGAGAAAUGAUCUGUCUAUAUACAGAUGUAGAAAAACUUGACAUCUAUUGAACCAUCCAAAAUGAUGACUUGUGUACUGUAUGUAUACUAUGCCUCUAUGGACGCAAUGUCCAGAUAUAUAUGGCAAUAUCUUCUUCAAUACCAGUUACUGGAGUAACCAUGCUAGAGCCACCAGUUACCAGGCUUUAUAUGAGGAUUAAUAUGGCAGGAAGCGGUAAUGUCAGGUUUAGAUUAUGUCAUGAAUGAACACAGUAAUGCUUUGGGAAUGUAUGUCCUUUUUAAAGAGAAGUAUUUUUCAGAUGUACCUGUUCUAAGAAAAUCUUUUCCCCCUUGUUUUAGCAUUACACAUUAUUGUGUUGUCAGUCAAUAUAGCUACUUUUGACACAAUGUUUUUGUUACAUUAUAAUUAAUGUAACAUUAAUAGAAUCAAUAUAAUUAAUAGAAUCAGCCAUCACAACAUCACCCGGCAGUGCAUUCCACAACCUCACUGUCCUGACUGUGAAGAACCACCUAUGUUGCUUCAAAUUAAAGUUAUUUUCUUCUAGUCUGAAGGGGUGGCCUCUGGUACGGUGAUCCACUUUAUGGGUAAAAAGGUCCCCUGCUAUUUAUCUAUAUUGUCCUCUUAUAUACGUGUAAAGUCAUGUCCCCUCUCCAGAAAUGACAUGUAAUGACAUGGAUGUAAUUGUAAAGGGACCCCUACAGUGGUGGUUUCCAAACUUUUUUCUACCAUUAAUGGCUGACAUUUGGUCAGGAACUCCCUAGCUUACAAAAAAUGUGCAACCUUUCAGGAGUAUCUAUAAAGGCAAAUCAAAGUUAUUCAUAAAUGGCACCUAUACAGCUUCAUGGCCGCCCACACCUCCAGCUUUAUGGCCGCCCACACCUCUAGCAAGGGCUAGGCUCCCCUUUUCUUUUGUCCUUCCCUUGUACCAGUUUGAUGCAUGUGCUGAUUGUGUAAGAGAGGGGUUCCCCCCCCCUUAGCUUAGAAGUUUACAGACUUACAAGUUUGGGAACCACUGUUCUAGAAAUAAAUUGUGACUGCCCAUGUCAUACAUUACUAGUGUGAGCAACUGUCUAUGACAUCUGUAAAUUGCUUUGGCAGAACCAUAGCAUUUCUUGCACAUAGAAGAAAACCCAUCCCUUCUAUGCCAAGACCUAACACUCAAGCAAUGAUAUAACUGCCACGACUUUUCACAAUUGGGAACAGCUCCCAUAACUGACCACAGGACAUCAGCACUUGUAAUAAAGUUUAAUGGUUAUUUUGUUAUAGAUUUGUUCUUUAAAUAUUUAUUUUAGAAUAUUAUCCGUAUGUCGCAGCUAUCAAGAAGAUUGUACACAAUAAGUUCAAAUUAAACACAAUUUGUAUUAAAAUUCA